AUGAUGUUUUUGACCGAACAAGUGCCAUCGUUCUGUAAAUCAUUGCAAUCGUUAUUCGAUGAUUGUUGUUGUUAUUGCUUUGAUAUGGAAGAGGAUGUGGGAAGUAUUUAUUAUAUACCCACCGGUGGACACAGCAUUAACACUGAACAAAUGCAAACUUUUUCCAGGUGA